ACAGAACGCAAGUUUACAGCAAAGGGUACCUGGAACAGACAAGAGGCUGUGUCCUUGAAGAAAGCAAGAUGGAUAAGAAAGCAUUUGAGAUGGUGCUUGAUGAAAUUAGAAGGGCCGUGUUGAUGGAAUACAAAUUAAAAGCCAUUGAGUAUGUGCAUGGAUACUUUUCUAGUGAGCAGAUCGUUGAGUUGCUGAGGUACUUCUCUUGGGCUGAACCACAAUUAAAGGCAAUGAAGGCAUUACAACAUAAAAUGGUAGCUGUUUCUGCCUCAAAAGUGGUUAACAUCCUCAACUGUUUCACUUUUAGCAAAGACAAGCUUAUUGCACUAGAACUGUUGGCUUCCAACAUUGUUGAUGCUCAGAAUUAUCGCCUUAUCGAAGACCUCUUCAAAAUUAGCUUAUCUGAGAAGAAGAGAUGCAGGAGAAUUCUCGAGCAGGCUUCCAAAGGAGGUUGCAAAGCACCCCAUGCUAUGAUAUCUUCCUGCGGAAUGAUUCCUGGAAACCCUUAUCCAAAGGGGAGGCCCAGCCGGAUAAAUGGCAUUUUCCCAGGGUCACCUAUCAAAAAGGAGAAUGAAGAGUAUACAAAUGAAGGCAAAGGAAUCGCAGCCCGUAUUCUUGGCCCAUCCAAGCCAGCACCGGCAACAUACAAUCCGCACAAGCCUGUUCCUUAUCCUAUCCCUCCUUGCCGACCUCAUGCAACCAUUGCACCAAGUGUUUUCAACAAUGCCGGUCUUGUUCCACUAGCCAAUGUCAUAACCCCUGGCUUGCCAGCUCCACCACCAUACACUCCCAGUCAUGUAGGAACAGGUAAAGCAGAAAAUGAAGAGCUUUCCAAUCAGGCAAAAUCUUCCCAAAGCCAAGCUUUUGCCACACAAACGAAUCAUCUCUUUACACCUCAUGGUUCUAACCCUGCUGCUACUUCAGCCCCUACCCCAUCAUCUGUUAAGGCAAUAAGCCACUCGUCGACACUUGCAUCUCCAGCCAUCCCGGGGAUAAGCAUGUCCACCCCUGUUCUUCCCGUCUUCCCCGGGCAGGUCAUCUCCUCCGUCCAUCCGCCUCAGCCGUCAUCAACCCCUACCCCCACUGUGGUCAAAUCCCAUUCCUUGCCUAGUGUUCCUGCCACAUCCACGCAUUGUGCUACCUCCGCCCCCCUCCCUGCCACUUUCUCUGCGCUGUCUUCUGCAGCAGCCCCCCCUCAGGGGCUUUCCACACAGGGUGCCAUCCCUGCACCUAAUGAAGCUUUUGCCUCUGCCUCAGCACCCUUUGCCAGCCUGCCUUUUCCAGCAGCCUCUGCCGCUGCCAGUAACUCCAACUCAUUGUCAUCUGCUUUCGCUGGCCUUCCUUUGUCCUUGACUCCCACUCCGCAGGGGAUAGCCAGUCCCGUUCCCUCUGCCAUUGCUGGUUCUCCUGCCACUAGCCUCCCUUGUCCUCUUAACUUGACAAACCCACUUCUGUCGGUCUUGAAGGGGUUUCUGUCAGUAAACGACAGCUCCGUAAUGAGCUCGGCAGUUUUGCCUUCUGCUGUGACAGCCGAGCUUGCUUCUUUAUCCAGUCUUACAAGCCAGAACUCUGAAACAUCCUCUUCAUCCAGCAACAAGUGUUACACUCCAACUGCCUCCUCUGCCCUUCAGCAUCCUUCCACUCCAGGACUGGCUAUUUUCCCUGGGCUUCCACCUCAGUCUGCAGCUAGCAACAAUGCAGUCCCACCUGCAUUACCAACGCAGUCCCCGUUGGCCACGUUGCCAUCCUCCAUUAUUCCAGUCAGCGGUGCCUCCUCAGUGUCUCUUUCCCAUUGUACAAGCCCUGCUAAUCCUGAACAACACGUUUCAUCCGCCCCGACAGCUCCAGCCCUUCCAGCUUCAGUCAAAACUGAACCCACCAGCCCUACUCUUUCAGGUUUCAAAGGCCCUUUGCAUUCUGCUGUGCCUUCUCACAGCACUUCCAGCUUAUCGGCAGUACUUGGGCACGUGUAUACCUCCACUAGUUCCUUGCCGGUCAGCCUCCCCAGUUCCCUGAACACAGCACUCUCCAGCCUCUCCUCCUUGAGCGCUCCUCUCAACAGCUCCCCCUCCCUUGCUCCCCACGGCUCAUCUACUCCGAUAGCUCCUGUGUACAACGCACUCCCACCUUUUACUUCGCUGACCAGCAGCUUUGCUUUUCCCGGCAACCCAGCACUUACCCCGACAGGGUCUCUGUUGCCCAUUCCGCCCACGACUUCAUCGGCCAUCUCUGUGCCUCAUGCCAGCUCCACCAGCACCGUCCUCCCAACUCUCAUUGCUUCAGCGGCGGCCCCAGCGCCACCCUUCUCCCUUAACCUCUGCAGCGCUGUCCCUUCCCUGUUUUCUGUGCCUCAGGUCCCUCUAGGCUCAUGCAGCUCAUCCUUCCCACCUUUCCCUGUCUCUAACACUCCCUCUGUCACUCCUGCUCUCCCUUCUUUCCCUGGGCUCCAGGCAUCUUCUACAGUAGCAGCAGUCGCCCCGCUGCCGGCAGCUGCCACAGCCCCAGCGCCAGCUCCAGUGCUGCCAGGGUUUGCCUCGGCCUUUAGCUCAAACUUCAACUCGGCACUUGUGGCCCAGGCUGGCCUGACUUCUGGGCUUCAAGCCCCUGGAAAUACAGUUUUCCCGGGACUCCUCUCUCUUCCCGGCAUCCCUGGACUUGCCCAGAGUGCCACACAGUCUUCCCUUCAGGAACUGCAGCACACUGCAGCCGCACAGUCAGCAUUGCUGCAGGCCCACUCAGCUUCUGCUCUUGAAAACUACACAUCUCAGCCUGAUGGUUUUACUACAUACCCACCAGCAUCGGGAACACCAGGAGCACCUUUUACAUUGCAGGCGAGUCUGCCCCAGAGUGGAUGGCAAUAAACAACUUCCGUUUGUCCUGCAGAGAGGCCUUUUCGAAGAAUGUUGUGGUCACUUGGCAAAGCCACUGAUGAUGCUCCCAUCGGAGGCUU